UAUCAUGAAGUGACGUCAGCAUUUCCGCAUCGCCAUGUUGACGUCGCUACAUGAUGAAGCUAGCUAGCUGAGCAGUUUGUUUGUUGUUGUCAUGGAAAGGACUCUCUGACCGACAAGAAACUUACAUUUACAAGUGAGGUUGUGACCUAAGGUAGCAGGAAAGGCACCAUGUUGGCACGUCUGUUCAGGCUCCAUGGCCUGCUGGUGGCCUCCCACCCCUGGGAGGUAAUAGUGGGCACCCUGGCUCUCACCGUCUGCCUAGUAUCUAUGAACAACCUGGCAGCCAGCAGCCAGAUGUGCACCUGGAAUGAGUGCCCUAAAGUCGAGGAGAAAGUCCACAGCAGUGACAUAAUCAUCCUAACAAUCACACGCUGCAUGGCCAUCGUUUACAUCUAUUUCCAGUUCAAGAACCUGCGACAACUGGGCUCCAAAUAUAUACUGGGUAUUGCAGGGUUGUUCACAGUGUUUUCCAGCUUUGUUUUCAGUACAGUGGUCAUCCACUUCUUUGGGAAAGAGCUGACAGGUUUAAAUGAAGCCCUGCCGUUCUUCCUCCUGCUCAUUGACCUGUCCAAAGCCUGUACAUUGGCCAAAUUUGCCCUCAGCUCAAACUCUCAGGAGGAGGUGAGGGAGAACAUCUCCCAGGGCAUGGCCAUCCUGGGCCCCACCUUCACCCUGGAUGCUCUGGUUGAGUGUCUGGUCAUUGGGAUUGGCACCAUGUCAGGUGUGCCUCAAUUAGAGAUCAUGUGUUGUUUUGGCUGCAUGUCUGUCCUGGCCAACUACGUUGUCUUCAUGACCUUCUUCCCUGCGUGUGUCUCCCUGGUCCUGGAGCUGUCCAGGGAAAGUCGUGAGGGCCGUCCAAUCUGGCAGCUGAGCCACUUUGCCCGUGUGCUGGCUGAAGAAGAGGACAAUAAGCCCAAUCCUGUGACCCAGAGGGUUAAAAUCAUCAUGUCUCUGGCCCUGGCCUUGGUUCAUGCUCACACUCGACUAGCAGCUGAGCAUCCCAAUCAGAAUCGCUCGGUGGAGGGGCCCAUAGCUAAGAGACUGGACUCUGGUGGUACCAUGUGGCCUCUGAAGCUCACCAGUAUGGACCUGGAACAGGUGAUAACUCUCGGUCUAGCCCUGCUCCUGGCUGUGAAGUACGUCUUCUUUGAGCAAACGGAGACAGAGUCCUCCCUAUCUCUGAUGAGUCCCAUUAGCAGCUCUCCUCUGACCCAGAAGCCCAGGGUGGCAGGGGACUGCUGCAGGAGGGACUUCUCAACCCCGAAACCCCAGACAACCAUGAACGGUUUCUUAGUAACCAGCCCUGACACUAAACUUUCCCCUGAGGCUGACACGGCAUUCAGAAAGAAGGGUGAGGCUUAUAAUUGGACAACAGAGGCGACUCAGCCUCCAGCAGCCCCAGUGGAGAACGGCCCGUGUGUUUCAUGUUUUGGGGACUCUCUUGCUCCGACACCUCAUGUUCCUCAAAGUAGCUGUGAUUCAGAGGCCCGGACGCUGGAGGAAUGUAUGACCAUCCUCUCAGAUCCUCAGAGGGGGCCCCGUUUUCUUAGCGAUAAAGAUGUGAUGAACCUGGUAACCUCACGUAACAUCCUGAACUAUAAAUUGGAAGCUGUCCUGGAGACUCCAGAGAGGGGCGUGGCCAUCAGAAGAGAAAUGCUUUCACCCAAACUGCCUGUUCUCUCUGCUUUGGCUUUUUUGCCUUAUAAAGACUACGACUAUUCUAAGGUGAUGGGUACUUGCUGUGAGAAUGUCAUUGGCUACAUGCCGGUGCCGGUAGGAGUGGCUGGUCCUCUUCUGUUGGAUGAGAAGCAGUUUUACAUUCCUAUGGCGACCACAGAGGGCUGCCUGGUAGCCAGCACCAACAGAGGAUGCAGGGCGCUUUCUCUGAGCGGGGGUUGCCGCAGCAGCAUCCUCGCUGACAGUAUGACCAGGGGUCCUGUGGUGAGGCUGCCCUCGGCGUGCCGGGCUGCAGAGGUCAAAGUCUGGCUGGAGACCUCGGACGGAUUCAGCAUGAUCAAAGAGGCUUUCGACGAGACCAGCAGGUUUGCUCGUCUGGAGAAGCUGCUGGUGGGCUUAGCUGGGAGGAACUUAUACAUUCGCUUUCAGUCUCAGACAGGAGACGCCAUGGGCAUGAACAUGCUCUCCAAGGGUACUGAGCAGGCUCUGCAGAGACUCCAGCAGCAGUAUCCAGAUGUGGAGGUCUUGUCGGUCAGUGGCAACUAUUGCACUGACAAGAAGUCUGCAGCCAUUAACUGGAUCCUGGGUCGGGGAAAGUCUGCUGUGUGUGAGGCCACCAUCCCUGCCAACGUGGUCAGGGAGGUGUUGAAAAGCAGCACAUCUUCUCUGGUGGAGCUGAACAUCAACAAGAACUUGGUGGGCUCGGCCAUGGCUGGCAGUAUCGGGGGCUUUAAUGCUCAUGCGGCCAACAUUGUAGCAGCCAUCUACAUCGCCUGUGGACAGGACCCCGCUCAGACAGUAGGAAGCUCCAACUGCAUCACUCAGAUGGAGCCUGCUGGUCCAGAAGGGGAGGAUCUGUACAUCAGCUGUACGAUGCCCUCCAUUGAGCUGGGCACUGUGGGAGGAGGCACAAACCUGGCACCACAGCAGGCCUGUCUACAGAUGCUCGGUGUCCAAGGUACCAGUUCCAACCAGCCAGGUGAUAACGCCCGUCAGCUGGCCCGAGUGGUUUGUGCCACCGUGCUGGCAGGGGAGCUCUCCCUCAUGGCCGCUCUAGCUGCUGGACACCUCGUGAAGAGUCACCUGGCCCACAACAGAUCUAAAACAAACUUGUCAGAAACACCUUCGUCAAAGUUGCAGACAGCCGCGUGACAUUAAAUGUUGCCGGUCCAUCAUCAGUCGGCCAAACUGAACGAGCACUCCAGCUAACAGAGGAAAAUUUCACGGUGAGAACUGAGAAGAUUUCAUUGUCGUGGACAUCUAGAUGUUAAAGACUAAUAGGCUAACAAGCAGACCCAACACAUGCUGAAGACCACAGCCAACGUGUGCAUGCUUUGCCUGACGCCCCGCUGACUGCAUAAAGACUUUUUGUUGACGUUACUUAUUUGUGCCAUUUGCCUGCAACUGAACAUUGCAGUCGUGUUUUUGUUGUUGGCAUUCAUCUUUCAGACAACUGUGAAUUACUGAUCUGGUCUGGAUUGGGAAAAUCCACCACGCUGCAAAGUCUUGAACAAGUAUCCUGUGUGCCUCUUGAGAGUCAAACUGCUUCUCCUACCAUACAAUGGAACUACCGCAUUGAUUCUUGUAUGUUUUUUUCAUCUAAAAUGCAUGAAGUGAGAUCUUAAAACAGCCAUAACAUGUUUUUCUCUGAGAAAUUGGAUCUUCACUUGCCAUAUGCUUGCUUGAGACAACGUGGGUGACAUUUGCGCAAGUUUAAAAUGGCAACCUUUUGCCUGAAUGUAUGUUAUACUUAAUCAGUGUUGUAGGAUAUCACUUGCACAACCUUUCCUGAUGUAAGAUGCUACUGUAUACCGUGUAUACUGUAGAACGAAUGUGGCUGCUGGUUCCAUGAAGGAAAAAGCAGGUUUUUGUCACAGAGUGACUUGUUUGGACAGAUUGUUACAGGCGGGUUGUUUGUUUGAGGAAAUUCAAAGCCAUAUUAACUAAUUUAAUAAAGUUUCAUGCUACACUAACAUAUGUGCGGGACAAUGGGAGGAUUUAUUGGCAUGGUGGAUGUUAAAGGCAUCACUGACUACUCCUAUACUGCAGGAUCUUGUAUUGUCCUUUUUCGGAAAGCAAUGUGUCUCAGAGAUGGCCUUACAUGCAGGAUGUCUUGGAGACGUUGAGCCUUAGCAUGUUCUAGAUAGAAUAUUCAAUUUUAAGCUAUUAUUUUGAAAAGAUUGUACUAUGUUUUAUUUAACAAGAAAAUAAUUAAACUGAAAAUGUUCCCUCUUAAA